UCAUAUCAAAAUGACUGGUCGCGGUAAAGGAGGAAAAGGACUCGGCAAAGGAGGCGCCAAACGUCAUCGCAAAGUUUUGCGUGACAACAUCCAAGGUAUCACCAAGCCGGCCAUCCGUCGUCUUGCUCGCCGUGGUGGUGUGAAGCGUAUCUCUGGUCUCAUCUACGAGGAAACCCGCGGUGUUUUAAAGGUGUUUCUCGAGAACGUGAUUCGUGACGCCGUCACCUACACUGAACACGCCAAAAGGAAGACUGUGACGGCCAUGGAUGUCGUCUACGCGCUGAAACGGCAGGGCCGCACUCUGUACGGCUUCGGCGGUUAAGCACUGAUUUUCAAACAGACUCCGAUCUCAUAAUUCAAUCGGCCCUUUUCAGGGCCACCAACUUUUAAAGGAAAAAGAUUUCGUUUAACUUCGUGGCCUCAGUUAAAAAAUUAUCUUACUACUCGCUACUCGCUUACU